AUGCCGGCAAAUGCAACAAAGCCGGCGCCCAAUCGGCCGCAGCGGCGCGUAACGGCCGGCCAGAUCCUGUCGAUGCCGCCGAAAUGGCUCGGCAUGUACGACGACUUCAUCACCAAGAACGCCGGCCAGGUGUCGCAGAUUGAGAGCGCGCUGAGGAGCUUGACGUACAUCAUUCCAGGCCGCUUUCGCGAUGCUGAAAUCGCCUCCGAGUCGAUUCACUCGGGCGUCCAGCUGCUGUCGCUCUACCACGAUGGCAUCCUCUCGCAGGCAGUGUCCAAGCUGCCGACGCCGCCUGUCCGGUCGGCUCAUGCGCGCUACACGCGAUACUGGACGCAGAAGAGCAAGACGUACCGCAGGAUAGCCAUGGUGCUGCAGAUGGUCGUCUACACGGAGCUGCUGUGCGAAAUGAGCGCCAAGCGGCGCGGCGGCGAAAAGUCCCGGUGGAACGUCAUCGUGCUGCUCGAGGCCAUCAAGGCCUUUUGCCGCCUCAUCCUGCUGCGCGUGACGCGGUCGCGCCCGCUCGUCACACCGGUGCUGCCGGAGCGAGAGCCCAUCCCCGAGGACGACGAUGUCGACGAGGAUCUAGUGACGGACAGGAGCGAGAGCGAGCUGAUGGACGAGACUUCGCCCAACGGAUCCGCUGUCCUCGUCAGCAGCAGCACGCCGCCGAAGCCUGCGUACGAGAAGGAAUGGACGAUGCCGCGGACGGGCAUGAGCUUGCCGUCGUUGCCCAACCCUGGCGAUGUUGGUUCGUACCUCUUGGGGCGCGUCUUGACGGCCGACGACAUCAAGCCUGCCAACAAGCUCCUCAAUACUCUGCAAGGAGGCGGCCAGUUUGCCGAGAUGCUUCACAUCCUGACGCCCUUGAUCUAUGCAGUGGCGCUGGCUAGGACAAAGAACAAGAAGUCGUGGACGCCGUGGCUGGUGGGUGUGGCGGUUGAGUAUGUCGCUCGCCAGCUCCGUCAGCGCAGCCUGCGAACCUCGGCUCUGGAGCGAGACGAGUGGAACAAGAGAGGCUGGGCCAUGAUCUGGUGGAUGAUGCGCGGUGCCUUUUACGAGAACGUGACUAAGGGGGCCGUCAACGGGGUGACGAGCAGAAUGCCAGGCUUCAUCGCCGGAAUCCUACAGGACUACGAAUACCUGUGGGAGAAUUACUACUUUAGCACGAGUGGCUGA